AUUGCUUGUUUGUAGAUAUUAAACUGUUCUGUUAAACUUUCAAUAUGACUGUCCUACGACAUUUGAUAGUGUGCUCAGUAGUUUUGUGGCAUACCCGCUCUGUUUGUGGUAUAACAUCGUCCCUUUCUAAAAUACGUCAGUUAGUGUUGGCUGAAGAAGCUAUUAUACCUAUUGUCAAAGGCUAUUGUGAUAAAGCAGAACAACAAGUCUUAACUUUGAAGAGGGAUCCUAAAACAUCUGUUUAUGAAAUAAAUUACGAACAGAGUCGGCUGAAUUGGCUUCAAAACAUAUACAAGAAUAUAGUAUUGCGAGUUGUUGGUCAAACUACAGAAGAACGAUUAAGUGACAUUUACCAUCCAACAUCGGCUGUGUGCACCAUCAAAUUUUACGUCACAGAAUUUUUUCAACCCCUCUCAAAACUUCUAAAUUUCAAAGAUGUAACAAAAUUGAAAGCUACAGUCGAACUGCCGCAAGAGGAGGAUUUGAAUGAAGCCUACCUAUCCUUAGUUCGGCUACAGGCUGUGUAUAACUUUAGUUCCGUUGAUUUGUACCACGGCAGGGUAAUGAAUCGUUCUGGUCAUAAACUCAAUAUAUAUGAUGCAGUACAGAUAGUAAACUUGGUUCCGGACCAACAUCUUGAAAUAGGCUUAACGUGGAUAGACGUCGCUUUGACAGAAGAACAAACAGACAAUAACUCAUUAUUGCAAUUUAACUUAUUUAGAGCUGCUUCAGAAAUAUAUUUCCGUGCACAUCGAUUUGAAGAUGGGGUCAAAUAUUUGGAAAAGAUAGCACUAAUGAAUCCAAAUCAUCAAAUGGUGUUAGAUUUAUUGAAGCUUAAAAAUUCAUAUAUAGACGAAGAAAUAAUGUUCCCUUCUGACGACGCUGGUCCUGAAUACGUUCAGUCUUGUACACAAUCAACUAUGGUGUUAGGUAACAAAUGGUAUCAUGUUUGUAGAUAUCAAAAACAUUUCCUCCCGUAUGUUUUAUACAAAGAAGAAAUUUUACAUUGGCAACCUUAUAUCUCAGUCUUUUAUGAUGUUAUUAAUGACGAAACUAUAAAGACUUUGAAGAAUCAUUCAGUCAAGAAGUUGGCUAAAAGUUUGACUGUAGGUAGUGGUACGCGUGGCGUUUUUGGAAGAACGAGCUCAAAUACAUUUUUAGAUGAUUCGGCCAAUCUGUUGUUUCUUUUAUUAUCACAGAAAAUAGGGGAGCUAACUCAUCUCAACACACAUCAAAACACUGAAGGGAUUUCAUCUGCUGAAGCCUAUCAGGUAGUGAAUUAUGGUAUUGGUGGAGAAUACCGACCACAUGUGGAUGCAUCGCCAGAUUUGGUAUUAAAUGCUAUAGAAGAAUUACAGCAAUCUGGAGAUAGAAUUGCGACAUUUCUUAUCUACCUAUCAAAUGUAGAAUAUGGAGGAGCCACAGUAUUUCCUUAUCUUAGAAUCAAAAUGCCACCUACUAAGACUUUCUUCCCAAAUGCUUUAACGCCACUCUACUGGCUCCUGAACUAA